CUGAGCGGCUCGGCUAAUGCCCCAGCUCACGAUUUCCACUUCUCUGAUAAAAUAUCGAAACAUUAAACAACCUGGCGGCUUUAUUUCACCUGCCAGCACGUUUUAGUGUGACGUCAUUCUGUCCCGUUGUGUAAAUAUUCGUCAUUUCCGGUCAUCAUGUCAGCGGUGCAGCGGAUGAAAGUGGCGAAUGAGAAACACAGCAAGUCCAUCACACAGCGCGGGCACGUGCAAAAGACCGCGCGGGUGCAGGGAGAGGAGAAAUCUCCAGUGGGACCGUGGCUCCUUGCUCUGUUUGUGUUUGUAGUGUGUGGCUCAGCUAUUUUCCAGAUUAUACAGAGCAUCAGACAAGGGAUAUAGGAUGUUUGGUGUCUAGGUGAUGGUCGAAAUGAAGCUCCUCCCACUGAAUCCUGACUGACCUAUCACUACCUUCUGUGUAGAUUUUACAUUACAGUGGAGCUGCUCUCUCACUGAUCGUGUGUGUAUGUGUGUGGGUCUAUGCAGUGAUUUUAUACCAGCAAAUAAACUAUUUUCUCAACACACACA